AAUUGGACUGGAACCGUACUAUUUACUCUCUACCGUUCUUUGCAGUUAAAAUCGAAUAGCUUUGCAGUCUGGAUAGACGACUAUAUCUUCCCUUGUUUAAACCAUUAGCAUUAAAGAUAAAGGGAGGAUCAUGAAGUUACAUUUAGAAGAAAACCGGUAAGAUAUCCUUCCAGAUUCUCUAUCUUUCCCUCUUUUUCUCUCUCUAUAUGUUAAAAUAAAUAGGAGAAAAAAGUAAUUGGGAACAGUAGAAUAUUAUGAGUCAAUAUAAGAAAUAAACGAUACAGUAUGAAAAGUAACUUCCCCGUUGGUGCCGUUAAAAAAACUGCACAUUGAAUCAACCUACUAGUUCGAGCACGUAGCUAAUUACCUACUUAUAUGUAUAUAUGAUAUUGUAUACAUAUAUAAUUCCUCCCUUUAACAGAAAAAAGGAUUAUAAGUGCUAAUUGCCAAAACUAUGGCGACACGGACAAUGAGUUGUUGUUUAGGCUUGUCCGGGAAUCGAACUUUUUCAACCACCUUAAAAAAACGGUGAAUAAUAAGGCCUAUUAGAAAACAAAGAUAUAAAUCGUUCGAGAAUAUUUUUAGUGCAAUUCAAUUAUGAAGUAAUUAAGAUAUUUAAUAUGAAUUUUGGAAUAAAAAAAAAGCUGUUUAACAAGUAUUAUAUAACAAUCGUUUAAUAAUUUCGGCUAUUAAGUAUACAUAUACCUAUAUACCAUAUACAGGAUUAGAUAGGGAAAAAGCAGAUUAGUGUCCACAGGUAAGUUAACCUAAAACAUUGUUUUAUUACUUGACACCUGCUGUGAAAACUUUUGAUUUACGAUCAUAUAGCAUGCUGAUUGGUUGACACGUAUUUGUGAUUUAAAAAAUAUGUGAAUAUGUAAUCAUAGAAUUUUCUCUACUUUCGUUAAUAACUAAAGCGACACUGCCUUUUCUACAACGCAGAGAUAUAGUAGAAGAGGAAGAGAUGAAGAGGAAAAGUAAAGGUGAAAUUCGUCCCGAUUCGUCUAUCGCCGGUGAAGAUCCCACAAGGCUCAUAUCAGAGCAUACAUUGGGAAAAAGAGGUGGAUCCUUUGAACUCCCCUUUGGUGGAAAGUUGAUCGUACCGUCUGGACUAUUUUCGAAGAAAGAAGUUUUUCUUAUUGCAACCACUGCAAAGAAAAUAAAACAGCCCUUGAAUUUUAAAUUACCUGUAGUCUUACCGAAGAGUGACUUUCUAUGUGUUAAGCUGAUGAUGAGGCCGAUGAAUUCGGCCGUAUGGAACAAAGUCGAUUGCGUGAUAGAGGCUGACGAUGAAGGUGACGGAAGAGUCGAUUUCGAAACAGCCAACGGCGGGAUUUAUGUCGCUUUAUCGACUCCUAAAAGCGAACAUUUUCCGAUACCGUCUCAAGGUUAUUUACACAAUGCAAAGCUAUGCCAUCAGAUAUCAAUAAGAGCACCAAAAGGUGCUACACCAACCGACAUUGAAGCUUUCUUAUAUGUUAUCCCUUUAAAUGUGGAAAAUCUAGAAGCUGUUCGUCUUGAACAUCCCAAAGAAACUGCUGAUUUACUUAGUGCGUCGAACUUCUUUAACAUUGAACCAAGCGACGUUCAAUUUAAACGUGCUCUAACAGUCAAGUUACCGCUCCCCGGAGAUAUUGAUGAAAAUGAUAAAGAUGACUUGUGUAUCCUACAAUGGUCAGAAGAUGGCGUUGAACAGGGCUGCUGGCAUUGGAAAUGGCAUAAGACAAACUAUCGUUUUUCAAGAAACACUGUCCAAUUUGAUACGAAACGAUUGGGAAUGUUUUGCAUAGCAAAGUCAAAGCCUGGACGAUUACAAAGGCUAAAGGAAGCCGUUCGAUAUAUAACACCUUCGCUUAAUGCUACUUAUAGGGGCGACAUUGUUGUUACUGUUCAACUUCGGACUAAAUCUUGGUCAUUGUGGGUGGAUAUUGCUCAUCAAUCAAACUUAGAAGCCGUCAGACAGUCCAGACUGUCUGUUGGCUUCUUAAACGCUAUUGAAAAAGAAGAUUCGGACAUAGCGGAGCAAGCUCCUGUAAAGGCAACUAGUUAUCGGUCACUUGGUCGUAGAAGAAAAUUUCAACAAGAAGAAGAGGACACUGAACUAGAGAACCUUACUUUACAAGAUGGUGUGUCAUAUUCUCUAAAAAUCUCCGGUGAUGUUCGUGUUCGGAAGGAACAGCCUUCGACAAAUACAGCUAUAACUGUUAACAGUAUUGGUACAGCGUCAAAUGACUCUGAUGACUUGAAUGUCUAUACAUAUCCAAAUCUAGACAGAAGUUAUAGGAAAAUAAGUAUAGAACCGGAUUCUCAAAUUGAAGCUGGUAAACCUGCAGCAUUCACGGUUGCCUGCGUCUGCAACUCUUCCAAGGCCAUUGUUCGUACGUUCAAAUUUGAAAUAAAUUCACAAGCUGUCGAAGAUUAUCUUGCACCUGAGCCAGAACCAGAGGUUGAGGAGGAGGAAGUUGAGCCUCCAAAACCAGAGACUCCCCCCCCUCCUCCACCACCAAAGCCCCAACCGAAGGAGGAUAGGAAAAUUUCAUCCUCGUUCGUUCGUUUGACGACUCCCAAACGAAGAGUUGAACCGAUAGUUCGAGAGGCCAAAGUAUUAUCAGGAAAAUCUCUGAGAAUUUUAGCAAGAGAAAUCCAAAAUGGAUUGACUUUAGCAAUCUAUUUGGACUUAAGCGAUUCAUCAAUAACUGGAAUGGGUUUUGACGCGAUUGCAACGGGAGCAACAUUAAGCGACAUUACUUAUCGAAUUUUACUAAUGUGGAAAAGAGCAACUUCAACUAAAAUGAAAUCGCGCCAAGUAGACCUGCUAUGUGCAGCUCUAUCCGAAAUGGGACGACCUGAUCUAUCAGCAGUUCUCCAUGAAUGUCAUGAAACUAACAGCGAACUUACAGAAGCUGCCUUCCAUGUUAAUGAUAUGAGAAACACUCCCGCCAGUUAUGUUUGA